AUGAAAAAGUUAAAGGGUCUUAAAUACCAGAAGUUUUCACAGGAAAAUGCAGAUUUUCUCUGCCAGGAAGUGCAGCGAAUGGAGGAGACGCAGGCAUUUGUACUAGCCGACUUCGUGGAGGCCAUGCGUGAGUUGGCAGAGGUCAUCAUCUGGAGCGAUAAGAACAUGGAGCCCGUGUACGAUAGCUUUCUGGAGCGAAACAUGAUGAGUACAUUUGAGCGUAUCGUGACGAAUGCUGGUUUCCCUUCUGCAGUGAAGGUGCAGGCUAUCCAGUGCAUUACAAUGAUGCUGCAGAACCUCACCAGGAAGUCGUCUAUCUACUUUGUUUGCAGCAACAAUCACCUCAAUAGGAUUAUCUCCAUAUCCCUCGAUGAGGGCGAUGAUGAGCUAUUUUCCAUAUAUGUUUCGUUCUUAAAAACGUUAGCGCUGCGUCUUAACGAGGAUACGGUGCAGUUUUUUUUCGAGCGUGAAACGGGCGCUUUUCCGUUAUUUGACCGGGCGGCAAAGCUGCUCGCUGCACCUGACCGCAUGGUGCGCGCAGCUGCUCGGCAAAUCGUAAUUAGUGUUGCGCAUCUCAGUGAGCCCGCCAUCACUGCUUUCCUCGAACGCGCACUCAACGAUGUCUUCGACCCCAUUGCACUACUGCUGUGGUCGCAAAUAAAGAGUCUGGGUGAGGCAACAGAAGAGUAUGGCAAUGUGGGGCGUGACACUGCAAAUUCACCGCCCCUACCUAGUCUCAGUGUUCUCAUUGAUCGCAUGGAGGAUAUUGUGGAUGACUUGUUUUAUGUCAAUGAUCUUUUUGAAAUACCGCAUGAAUUUGUUCCGCCUACUUUGGAGCAUGUUCUCGACAAGGUGGUCCUUUGUCCACUGUUUGUGUCCCUUGAGGUUCCCUCUGCGGGCUCCCACUCAUCUGGGUCUUGCUCAUCAUCAAGACCACCCCCAUCGUCUCUCGUUCCCACAUCCACUGCGCUGUGUAUUCUCACCCGAUGGCUGCUGCUAAAUAAGGUGGAUCGGCUGCGUCGUUUGUUUCGCGAGCGACUUAUGAACUCUAGUGUCGCAAAUAAUGGGCUCCUGCGUCGGGUGUUAACAAGUGGAUGCAUGCAGAGUCUGUCUGGUGGUGUCGUAUUGUUGGAUGCCAUGCUUAAAUCCGGAUUUUUCGAGGGGGAAAAUGAUGUGGCAGGGUGCGCCCUCGCUGCUGAUAUUUUCCCUUCUGGCGUGUCGGCGGUAGCCACAACAGACAAUUCGGAGGGGAGGGAGGCGCUCGCCCUGGGAGACCUUCUUGGAGAGAUCUGGGACGUGGACCAACUGCACGAUGAGUCCUUCACCCCUCUGGCGGCAUUGACCGUACCUCCGUGCGAAGCAUUCGUGAACCGCAUGUUUCAAUGCGUCGUUCAGACGAGGGCACAGGAAGGGUGCAAGUGUCUGGUCGCCGCCCUCUACCACCUCAUUACUCACAGCGCACUUGCAUCUCUGGCCAUAAUAGACCUGGCGCUACACCUCCUCGCUGGUUUCGCGCGGCGGACGGCAGAGCAUGCCAUCCUCUUAAAAGGUCUCCUGUUUCUGUGUCUAAGUGUUAUCAGAAGACGGACGAUAACGUAUGCUGAGUACUUGGCGUCGCGGAAUAUGAACGACGGCAGCAGCAGCACGGCUGCAGAAGUUUCUGUUAAAAGUCAGUGGCUGAGGAAUCCAUACGAGGUCCUCUUCGUGAAACUGGAACAAGCAUGUAGUGGGUUCGAACCAUACAUGGAGAAGACGCGUGAAGACCUCAGCAAGGAGGUAAGUCUGCUGCUACCAGUCUUGCCAAGUUUGGAUUAUUUGCGCUCAGAGUGGGAAAAAGGUUGUGGGAAUGUCGACAAAGAUCGCUGGAAAGCUGCACUUCGCAACCCCGAGCAGUACGCUGCACUGCAGAAGAGUUUUGCCAGAAUGGUUCCACGCCGAAACCGUGCUGCGCAAAAUAGCUCCGAGGAAGAGAGCACUGAGUUUUUGAUAUGGAUGACUGUUCGUCAUCACCUUCACACCAUUUUCCACGAAGAGGACGGCCUCCUCCUGAGGCUUCGCGACUACGGUGUUCGCCACCGCGUGGGCACCUUUGUGAGUAUCUCACCAAGCGUUCGUAUGUGGUUUCGCUGCGAACUCGUGAAGGAGCACUUCCUGUCUGGUGGAUCGCCGCCAACAG